AUGCGGUUCGGCCACUCGUGGGACGCCGGCCACGUCUUCCCCCCACCUCAGCUCCUGCUCUCGCGCGCCGACGUCGAGCACUACGAGGCGCUCGCGGACCAACUCGUGGCCGAGACCGUGCAGGCCAGCGAGGGGUUCCUCGCCGACCGGCGGGCCGUCGACCUCGACCGCUGGAAAGUCGUGAUCCAGCGCGGCCACAUGACGGCGUACCGCUCGCGCGGGCACCGGCCGAAACGCGGCCGCCGCCGCGACCGCUGCGACACGGAAGAAGCAGUCGAGUCGUCGUUCGUCCAUCGCCCCAAGUUGUACUCGAUCGACAGCAGCAGCACGUACGGCGACUUGUUGCUCGGCCGCGGCCACUCGCACUUGGCGUCGUGCGACCGGAGCACGAGCACUGGCUCGGACGACGACAGCAGUAGCUCUGUGCUCGCGGCGGGCGCCCGGGGCGACUCGGACUACUACGAGAACAGCCGCGUGGACAUGGAAGACGCGCCCGAGCAGAGUGUGCUCGACAAGUCGCGCCCGGCGCACACGCCAAUGGUCUUUGGCUGCGGCGUCAUCGCGGGCUCUGUCGACGACGCCGGUCUCGGGUUCCUCGCGGACACGGAAGACCGCAGUCUCUUGCGGGCCGCCGCCACGAACAAGGACGUGACGACAAAGGACCUGCGCAUUCUCGCGCAGCUGCGGGGGCCGACGCGCGAGGACCCGUUCCGGUUCCUCGGCCUCAAGUGGACGGCCUACGCGGCGUCGUCGAAAGGCGUUGAGAAGCCCCGCGACGCUGUUGUGCUCGAGGCCACGGGCCUCACGUACGACGCCACGGGCGAGCGCGUGUGCUACUUCCUGAGCCACUCGGUCGACAUUGACGAAGUGCCCGAGUACCGCAAACGCGGCCUCGUGCGCCUGCGCAUGUCGAGCUGCCGCAUCGUGCGGCCCUACUGCACGCCCGGGCAGGUUGAAGUCUACUGCCGCGGCUUUUGCUACGCCGGGGGGCUCUUUCGCGUGCGCAAGGCCACGCACAUGUUCUGCGAAGGUUUGCUCGACACGGCCCAAGUGGUCGAGGAGUCGUAUUUGAAGAAACUCGCGUGGUUUGUCCAUCACGCGUGCGCGCGGCGGCCGCAGCGACUGCACUACGGCGACAGUCCCGACGCUGUCGGGGACGGCAGUGACAGUAGUCGUGGGGGGGCAAAGCACAGAGGCUGUGCGUGUUGCCACAAGUUACCGACAAAGGGGUUCAAGAAGCUCUUGGAGAACGACACGACGUGUUUUCUCUGUCGGGGCAACGUCUGCAAGAAGUGCACCGUGAAGAAACACCUGCCGAUUGACUCGACGAGCACAAAGAGCAUUGACUUUUGCUCGGCGUGUUACGUCAAGGCCAAGCAGUUGUCGGCGUGGAAAGUUGCCGUGGCGACGCUGCCUCGAGCGUAG